AUGAAGGAAACCCGUCCGGAAAGGAGGAGGAAAGAUAAAUCUGAUAGAGCGACAGUAGAUAAGGUCCUUGACAAAAGGACCCUGAAGGUCUUGGAGAGGCUGCAGGCUAGAGGAAAACUAACAAACCUCUGGGGAAGUCUUUGCACGGGGAAGGAGUCUAAUGUCUAUCUUGCAGAAGCUAGCACAUCCCUGUGCAGCAAGUUCAUCAAGAACAGAUAUAAUGAAUUGGAAGAGACUGGAGAUUUAGAAGAAAUGAUUCCGGUGGCUGUGAAGAUUUUCAAGACGUCGAUUAUGUCAUUCAGAGAUAGAGAGAGAUACAUAAGAAGUGAAAAGCGAUUUCAAAGAUUUUGCACAUCGAAUCCACGGAAGUUAAUUAAGUUGUGGGCUGAGAAGGAAGUGCGAAAUCUCAAGCGGCUGGGAAAUGCCGGAAUCCCCUCUCCAGAGCCCAUUUAUCUAAAGAACAACAUUCUUAUAAUGACACAGAUAGGAAGGCAAGGAGAGGUAGCACCCAAGUUGCGUGAUGCGGAAAUAGAAGAUAUCGAAGGAUGCUACUUGCAAUGUGUAGAAAUAAUAAAGAACAUGUAUAAGAAAGCAGGUCUUGUGCAUGCAGACUUGUCAGAGUUCAAUCUCCUAUAUUAUGAGGGAGUGGUUUAUGCGAUAGACGUUGGGCAGAGUGUAGAGAUUGACCAUGAUAACGCUCAGAGGUUUCUGAUAAUGGACAUAAACAAUGUCAAUAGUUUCUUCGGUAAGAAAGGUGUUAACACAAUUAGAGGAAACGAUCUGUUUGAAGAGAUUACGGGAAACGUCAUUCCAUCCUACCUGAAAGACAUGGACAUUGUCAAGGAUGUUUUUAUCCCAUCCAGGGUUUCUGAAGUGGGAAACCUAGAAGAUCUUGUAGCUUUCAAAGCAGAAAGAGAGGAUUCCGAGUCUAUGGAGUCUUUAUCGUGCCAGUCUUCAAUUGAAAGCGAAAGUUGUCUUGAGGAUUCCAGUGCAAAUCUUGAGGGAGAAGCAAAAGAUGGAGGGGAUUCAAAGGAAGAGAAGAAAAAAAAGAAAAGAGCUGUUAAGGAAUUGAACCGAAUCAGAAGGGCAUCGAGAAUCAGUAAGAAGGAAAAGAAAAAGAUAUUCAAGAAGUAUAUAGGAAUGAAGAAGAGAAAAAGCUAA